AUGGCCGACAAAUCUAUCCCCAGUAUCGACUUUUCCGCAAGCAAUGGAUCGGACAAGGCUGCCUUUGCGGAUCUCGUUGAUCAAAUGCGAGACGCUUGCCAGAGCCACGGAUUCUUCCAGCUCACAAACCACGGAAUACCCCAGUCUUCUCUCGAUGAAAUCAUCGAGUGCUCCAAGGAAUUCUUUUCCCUUCCUCUUGAAGAGAAAGAGAAAUAUGACAAAGAUUUGACCCAAAGCCACAGAGGGUAUGAACGACUUCGAGCUCAGAACUUUGAGAAAAGGACCGAGGGCGAUCUCAAAGAAGGGUACUACUUCGGGCUAGAUCUGCCUGAAGAUCAUCCGAGUGUGCUCGCGAAGAAGUUCAACCUUGGCCCCAACAAAUAUCCCCAAAAUGUGAAGGAUCCGGCAGAAUUCCGUCGCAGGAUCGAUGCCUACUACAACUUGAUGCUCGAAAUUUCGGAAAGACUCGUGCGCAUUCUCUGCAAGACGCUUGGGGUCGACGACAGCUGGGUUUCGAAAUUCGUCGACACACCUAUCGCCACUCUGCGAUUGCUUCACUACCCUCCUCAGCCCCCCAAUGCGUCGGAUUUGGAGAGAGGUAUUGGCGCUCACACUGACUUCGGAGCCAUCACCAUUUUGCUUCAAGACUUGGUCGGCGGCCUGCAAGUGUGGGAUCGAACAUCUUCCGAAUGGAUAAACGUUGUACCAACCAAGGGCGCAUUCGUGGUCAACCUGGGAAAUUUGAUGAUGAGAUGGACAAACGACCGUUAUCUAUCGAACCUCCAUCGAGUCAUCAACAAAUCAGGGCAAGAGAGAUAUAGCAUUCCAUUUUUCUUUGCAGGAAAUCCGGACUUCUUGGUUCAAUGCUUCACGGAUUGCCAAGAUGAAGAGACCGGAGCAAAGUAUCCGCCCAUCACUGUUGAAGAUUGGAUGUCUGGACGAUACGCCGAUACCUAUGGAACUUCCAACACGAAAGCUGUCGACGAUCUAUCUCAGGACAAAGUCGCAGGUCUAGCAUAG